AGGAUGUUUGAAACCUGAAAGAACAGAAACAGGUCAGGCAAUGUGUGGGGAAGGGAGAAGGGGCGAAGAGUGGGACUGUGUCUGGAGAGUGGGGGCCGAAAGUGUUGUUGCCGGAAGAUAACACAGAAACUCGAGCAGGCGACGUCAAAGCGCUGGAUGGGAUCGCAGGCAGCGUACGCGAUGACGUAAGCGCGUUGGAGUACGCACGGUGUUCGACGGUUGGAGUUACGGCCUUUAAUCACUUCACAUUGAGCCCAAAGCGGCGGCGUUAAAACAAACAAAACCAUUGUUUUGUUCAGUGUCGGGUAAAACGCCUAGCGAAGACAAUGCCGAACUUCUGUGCGGCGCCCAACUGCAGCAGGAAGAGCACCAACUGCCCGGAGAUCCCUUUCUUCAGGUUCCCCAAAGACCCCGCGAGGUGUCAGAAAUGGGUGGAGAACUGUCGGAGAGCAGAUUUAGAAAACCGUUCUGCUGAGCAGCUUCACAAACAAUACAGGCUGUGUGCGAGACAUUUUGAAGAAUCUCUAAUAUGCACAAAUAGCCCUUACAGAACAGUCCUCAAGGAUAAUGCUGUGCCAACCUUGUUUGACUUGACAAGUCAUCUCAAUAAACCAGAAGGCAAACACAGAAAGCACAAGAUGAUAAAAGAGCUGAGUGAGGAAGAUCUGCUAAGGGUGAAGGCACCAAGAACUGAUGGUGAUGUCCUGAGAGGUCUACAGUGCAAACAGGAGGCAAUCAACGAAAUGGAAAAAACAGACCUGGAAGGUGCAACAGAAAACAUUGAGGAAUCUACUCUAAUGGAAGAAUCUUUGAACUUAACACCUGAAGAGAAAGGGAAUAAAGAAUUUCUCAAAGUUUUAUUUGAAACUGUACUGCUAUUGGGGCGGCAAAAUGUUCCAUUGGGAGGCUCUGCUGCUGAAAACGCACAUAAUUUGUGCAAUACUCCCGAUAACGUUCAAGCACUGUUGGAGUUCAGAAUGAAUGCAGGUGAUGAAAUUCUACGUAAGAGGUUUGAGACCACUGCAGUGAAUGCAGUCUAUUGCCCAAAGAGCCUGCAAAAAGACCUUCUGGAUAUUUGUGAAAUGUGCAUACGGGAAGAGGUGCUCAGAGAAGUACGUGACAGCAAUUUCUUCUCCAUCAUAACUGACGAUGUGAUCAAUAUAGCAGGGGUUAACCAUGUCUCUCUGUUGAUUAGGUUUGUAGAUGAAUCCGAUUCACUAAGGCAAGAGUUUGUUGGGUUCAUACCAUGCGAGUUAGAUGGAGAGUUUUUAGCCAGCCGGAUCCACGAGACCCUCACAGAAAAAUGGGGACUGAAUUUGUAUUACUGUCGUGGACAAGCCUAUAAUGGCUCUGGGAAUAUGGCUUACAAAAAGCAAGUCGUCGUAGCUAGCAUCUUACAACAGUGUCCAAAGGCUUUGUGCACUCCCUGCUCCUCCUACCCACUAAAUAUAUGGAUGGCAAAGUCCAGCCUGAUAUUUGGUAUAAACCUGGUGUUAAGCUUGAUGGAAAAUAUUGUCUCAUUUUUCAGUUUAUCACCUCAGCUCCAAAAAGUUUUUGAAGUUAGCAUCAACAGUGUCUAUCAAACGAAUGAGAAAUUGGCAAAAGAGCUGAAAAAGCUUUUCCAAAUCAAUUGGUAUGAAAGGCAUGACACUUUUGAGAUUCUGGCAGAUCUUUACGAAGUGUUGGUGACCUGCCUGGACGAGAUCAGCUAUGAUACAUGCGGUAGGUGGAAUUCUGAGAUAUCGACCCAGGCCAGUAUGCUGUCAUCCACCAUGCGAGAUUUUGAAAUUGUUGUAUCUCUGAUGGUCCUGAAGAAUGUCCUCUCCUACACAAGAGCCUUUGGCAAAAACCUCCAGGGUCAAGCUUCAGACACCUAUUUCGCCUCAAGCACUUUGACUGCUGUCCUCCAUUCGUUGAAUGAAAUGAGGGACAAUAUUGAAGUAUACCAUGAGUUCUGGCUGGAGGAAGCCACCAACCUGUCCUUGAAAAUGGGGAUUGAAGUAAAGUUGCCAUGGAGGUGCCGUCGGCAACCUCAAAAUGAAGAGGUGUCCGAGGAGACCCCGGAAAAUUACUACAAGGAGGCCAUCACUGCACCAUUUCUAGAUCACGUAAUUUUAGAAAUUGAGGAUAUGUUCUCAGAGCAGCAGUUAAAGGCCCUCAAGUGCCUGUCGUUGGUGCCCUCUGUUAUGGCACAGCUUAAGUAUAACACUGGAGAGGAAAACAUGGCUGAUCUGUAUAAAGAUGACCUCCCAAAUCCAGACACCCUUUCAGCAGAAUUGCACUGUUGGAAGAUAAAAUGGAAGCACCGUAGCCGCGAUGUCGAGCUACCCAGCACAAUCUUCGAGACUCUUCGUCACCCGGACAUCAAGUUCUUUCCGAACGUGUACACUCUGCUCAAAAUUGUCUCUAACCUUCCGAUCAUCAAACUUGAAACUGACAAGUGUGAUGUUGGCAGGAAGCGGCUUAAAUCCUACUUGAAAGUCACUCCGGUUGAGGAGCGAACGGGCAGUCUGGCACUGAUCCACAUCAAUUACGAUGCAAAGCAUGACUACGACAUGAUGGUGGAUACCUUCGCAAAGUUGUACCCAGAGAAAAUGCAACUGCCGCAUGUGACAGAUUCGGAUAACGUGGAGGUAAACAAUCAUGGUGGCAACAGGGUAGAAAUAAACAAUUUGGGUACAGGUGCUGCUCCGUUGUACGAGGUUGAUGGUGACUGUGUGGCACUGGUGAGCGGCAUAGUGUUGCAUCACCAGUCGCCAGGAACGAUCCUGGAGGCCUGCCAGAACCCAGGCAAGAAUGUCAUAGAAGUGACCCAGCACCCAGUGGGGAGCACUGUGGAGCUGCAACAGCUUCCCGUCAGUGGCACUAUGAUAGUGACCCAGCAUUCGACAGAACACCACCCUGAAGGGGUCCAGCAGGUGGGGAGCAACGUGGAGGUCCAGCAACAUCACAUCGAGGGAAGGGUGGUGGAGGUCAUCCACCAUCCGGAAGUGAAUGGGGCAGAGCUGCAGCAUCGCUCAGAGGUGAACGGUGUGGAGCUAGAGGACCAUCAGGAGGAGGUUAUUGAGGUGAGCCAUCAUUCGGAGAUGAGAGCUGUAGAAUUUGAACCAACGUUGGAGGAGGGUGGUAUGGUGGAACUGGAGCACCACGUACAAGGUGUCGCUGUGGCACUACAGCACCAGGUCGACGGAAGUACGGUGGAGCUACAGCCUGAAAGCAACACAGUGGAGAUGCAUCGUCCUGAAGCAAGUGCCGUAGAGCUGAGCCACCACACAGAAGAGAGUGCUAUGGAGGUUGAUCAUUACCCAGAGUCCAGCACUGCGGGCUUGCAGCAGCAUCUGGCGCCCAGUGCCAUAGAACUGCGACACCAAAUCCAACCAGAGCCCAUAACCACAGAGAUCUUAUGCCAUGCAGAGACCCGAGAGGGAGAAGCACAGCACAGCCUGGAACCUGUCACUGUGGAGGUUCAGCAUCCCCCCAAUCCCAGUGAGGCAGAGUCACAGCACCAUCCGGAGCCAAGACAUCCAGAGCCUGCUGGUACAAAUACACAACACCAUUCUGAACCUGUUGCCAUGGUCACCCAGCACCCCUCAAAACCUGUCACUACAGUGAGAGAGCACCACUUCAAGUCCACCUCUUCAGAGAUACAACAGCAUUCUGAGCCCAGUGCCAUAGUAAUUCAGAGCCACCCAGAGGUUGUUGCUGAAGAGAUAGAGCACUAUACUGAAUCUGUCACUGCAGGAUCUAAUGCCGCUGUAAUCCAGAGCUAUCCUGAGCCUGUCACCACAGUGAUACGGCAGCAUCCUGAGCCUGUUACUGUGCAGAUACAUCAGCAUCCGGGGCCUACUGUAAUGGUAAUCCAAAGCCGCCCAGGGUCUACAGUCACAGAUCCUGCAUCCAGUGCCUUGUUGAUCCAGCAACACCCUAAGCCCAUCACUACAGAGAUACAGCACCAUUCAGAGACUGGUGUCAGAGACGUACACCAUCACCCAGGACCUAAUGCACUGGAAUUACAGUCACAUCUAGGAUCCGGUGAAGUGGUUGAGGUCUGUCCACAGGUAAGCACAGUGAAGUUAGAGCACCAUUCGGUCGCAGGUGUUGUGGAAUCCAGCACGGUGGAGCUGGAGAACUGUUCAGAGGCAGAUGGAGGCACAGUGGAAGUGGACAGUAUGAGUGCCUGUACUCAGGAUGUUCAUGAAGGAAUAAAUAUUCUGGAAGUUAAAAAUUCAGAAGAAAGCAAUUCAGAAACGAACAUUUCUAGUGUAAGUAAUGUAAAUAAGUCUGAAGUAGCUGUACAAUAAAAUGAUUCCUUGUUCUACUUUGAGUAAAUUUAAUACAAUCUGCAUCAAAAUCUCUGAUUGGGCAUGUUUAAAUGAAGACUCUUGCAUGGCUUUCCUCAGAGAUGUUCAUUAAGAGGGAAAUAUCAUAAUUCUGGAGUACUGUCAUUCAUUGUCGUAUUUACUUAACAUCUCUCUGCACCCACCUUUCCUUCUUGCUUUGCCUUACAAUAGUAGAGAACUUAAUGUCCAUCUACAAUUACUUGUGAUUUUAAGCAUUGGUGCCCUGGGCCAAAAUGAACAAUGAGGGAAUCUUGCCAAAGACCCAUUUACAUGAAAGGCCUGCCCUGUGAUUAUUGAGUGCCGUGCUCUCUACUGAUACUGUAAUCACUAAGUUUAUAAAAAGUUGAUGUCAGAUAAGGAACUACACUAUUGAGUGACACAUGAACAAUGUGUUUGUUUAUGUAAAAUUCUCAGUGUUUUAAGUAUAUAGCAUCCCUGCCUAGGUACAUUUAGUGUUGAAUUCGAACACCUUGAGCUGUGUGACUUUUCUUCAAUGCUUUGUACCAGCUCAUGCUAAGAAUUACCAGGCUUACACAGUCAUACAUUGUGUUCUGAGCAAUGGUGGGAGCUUCUUUGAUUUUAGUCCUUCCUCCCCAAGUACUCCUCUCCCUACUCUGAAUGUCCCAAUUAGUGUGCAGACCACUUGACUGAACGUCUUGUUACCCUGGUUACUGUAGCUCUAUGUUGCAAUAUUCAAUCAGACUUGCCCAAUGAGGUUUAUUUAAACUUUAUAACAAUAACUAUCUUUAAACAUCUCAUUCAUUCUACGUUGUAUAUUUGAAUAAUAAUUAAAUAGACCAUGCAGAGUGGGACCACUAUGUUCUCAAACUUUUUGGAAAUUUGUGGAUAUUUUCAGAAGUGACUGGUACAUUUGUUACUUUUCCAUCCUUCCACCAGCGAUGUUUGACACAUCAUCAAAAAGGUUAAAUGUGAGGAGGAAGAAUUUUUUUUUUAUCCUUGUAAGACCUAUCCUCUUAACAUUGGAGAAGAUCUGUGUGCUGGAUAAUAUGUCAAGACAAGAAGAGUUACUUAAAAUCUUGGUCACUGGCAUUUGUUUUCCAUGCAUAUGUUCUCAUUACUGUAAAAAGCCUAGAGAAUUAUGGGUUUUAUACCCAUUUAUUGAUGUUAGUGAGGUUAUUUGAGGUGAAUGGCGCAUUUGGGGAAGGAAGGAAUCUCCUGCAAUUGCACAGUAUUUUAAUUGAUUGGAAUGUAAUUAAAUUCCAUAUUGCAGUGGGAAUUGAUCUGAAAGGUUUGCUAAAAUAAUUACUGGGAGAAGUACUUCUUGCUCCCUCAGCUUCCCUAGCUUAAAUAUCUCUUGACAAUCAUAUGAAUACACAUUCAGCACUCAUGCAAAAUUAAGAAUUUGUUUAACAAAGGGUUUGGUGGGGGAGCGGGGGAAUCUGCAGCUAAUUAUUCAAAUAUAUUCAAAAUGUGUCCCUUAUAUUUUGAAGUUGCACCUUGGAGUUCAUUUGAAAAAUUAUUUCUGCAAAUUGAAUGUCUUUUUCCGUCCUGAAUACUUUUCUUUAAUUCUUCCAUCUGGGGAAAAUGUUAUUCUUCUUGU